AUGGCACCUGUUAUUCUCGGCUACUGGGACAUCCGAGGCCUCGCCCAGUCAAUCCGCUACUUGCUGGCCUACGCAAGGGUCCCAUAUGUGGACAAGAGGUACUCCUACGGCAGUGAAACAGAGCCUAACCGAGAUGAGUGGCUGGCUUUGAAGCACGAACUUGACUUUGACUUUCCAAACCUGCCGUACCUGAUUGAUGGCGACAUACGUAUGACGCAAAGCCAGGCUAUCCUGCGCUACUUGGGACGGAAACACAGCCUGGUCCCGGAAGGCGAGGAAACAUUACGGCGCGUCGACAUGCUGCAGCACGAGGUGAUAAGCGCAUCGCAAUGA